AUCGUCCAAAGGUGAAAAAACGUCUUGGUCGCGUACUGGGAGUUUGAUGACCUUCUUUCACAUCUACAUCAUCUGCUCGGGUUACAUUACAUUCGUAUCAUUCUUUUUUCACUGCCUGUAAACUUUUUGAAAUGUUUUAGAGAUUAUGCACUUGACAAAUGAUGUAUAGAUAUGUUUUCCCCAAUAUACAGACGGAUAAGUAUAAUUUUGGAUGUAGCUAUUUUCCGUAUAUUAAAACCAGUAAGAUCAGAACGUCUAUAAGACGAUGAAAAUAGGAACUCCUUCGAAUUUCAAAUAAAGGAAUCGAUGCUAGCAACAUCAGCAACGUUCUUCAUCACAAAGAAGUAACAUCUAAAAUUCCGCUUUAUUUUCCAAACCGCUGUUCCUAUUGUCUCAUAAAGUAACACCAGAACCAUUGCACCUAAAAUAUUUAACUAUAAAAAAGCAUUGCAAGAUCUUGAUUCCCACUCUCCAUAUAUUUACAAGCCCUCUGGCCAUGUAAUUACUGGCGAUCUAAACAUAAUUCAAGAUGAACAUCUCCGAAAGGUGAUAUCUCAUAGUUCCAACUUUGGAGAGCCAUAACGCAUCAGUUGGAACCAUAACUUUAAUAAUAAUGUAAACAAGAAGAGAUUGAACUAGACACUCUGUCAGAAUGGGUUAAAGCAAUAAAUUGUUGAUACAGCGUAGAUACCACAAGUUGAAAACAUGUGUAAAUGUUCGACCUAAGUCGGUAUUCAGAGACAAAGAAGCUAUAAAUGUCUGAAGUCUCUUCGCGACAAAUAUGUUGUUGUUCCUGCGGACAAAGCCUCACACAGUAUUGUCUUGUCUGUAAAUCCUAGAUACAAAAUUAUGAAUAAAUGAACAUUCGGGUAAUCCCAUUACAAAAACGUAAUUUCAUAAAGUUCCGUACAAACAACGGUUCAUUGCCGGCUAAUCGGCAUGUUAUACCAAGGAAGUGUCCGUCAGAUUAACCAAGAUUGUGUCCGCAGUGAAAGAGGGAUUACAGAAAUACUGUGACACUGUUUUCUCACGUGGUGGCAUUAGCCAUAUGUGGAUUCCUAAAACUCAAAAGAACUUCUGGUUAAUUCAAAAAGGGGAAGUCCAUAAAAACUGACAAAAUCAAACUUACACUUUAUCAACCAACAGAGAGAAUGGAAAACAACUAUCAUAUUGCUGACGUUAUACAGCCAUUUUCCGAAGAAACGGACCUACACUGUUUUGAAUUAUAAAAAUACCAUGAACCGAGGUAAUUAUAACCUUAGCUAAAACAGAAUUGCUGAAUUAAUGAUCUUGAACUUUAAAAACCAAUUCUAUCAUUUAAAUCAUAGUAGUACCGAUGCACAUCUUGACUCCUGGGUAGGUGGUUACCUCGGGGAUUAAUGUUCCAGCGGCAGCCAAGUUACGUAUGCAGUUGAAGUAAAUAAAUACAAGACGCCAUGCACUAUUCUGAAGCUUCAAGACAAUUCCUCAGAAACGACUAAUGGUUUCCAUCGUCGCAUGUUCUUCUUUGUCUCACUGCUUUAGUUUCUAAAAAUUUGUUUUUGUGAACAACCGAAAAAGUAGGACAUAAACUUUUGAAUAUUUUACAAAACAUGUAUGAUGGGGACAAACAGCUAUGAUACUAUGACAUAUGAUAAUUUACAAUGAAAUCAAGUGGUAAAGGAACUUAAAAGUAGGUUUACAGUUUAUCAUUACGAUCUUAUGAUGCAUUUAGAUAAUAAAUUUUGGGAAUAACCGUCACUAUAUUUACUUGUGUUGGUUUAUCUUUGUGGUAGGGGAUUCCCUUUAACAUUAAUAUUGCAUGAUGGGUAUUUUUCUGAUUGGUAUUUUUCUGUCGCUUUUUACAAACAGCAGAUUUGAAAGACAUAUUUUAAUAGUAUGCACGAUGUAUUUAAAGAACUCAGUCUCAGUGAAAUACUCAAAUAGGCCCUAUGCCAGUAUGUGCCAUAAUAUUAUUAUUCCAAGAGUUAAUUUAAUAUUUAUAUUUUGAUAAAAAACUAAAUGAUAUCAGUAAAACAUGGAUGAUAGAUUUCAAGCUCCAGACAAUUUUGAUUGGAGAGAAGGAAAGAACACAGCCGAGUGCAACAGGUAUAUGCUUGAACAUGAACUUCAUUGUGAUGUAACAUUCAUCGUGGGUUCAGGAAAGGAGAAACAGCCGAUAUUGGCUCAUAAAUACAUACUUAUAUCGCGUAGUGAGGUGUUUGAAGCCAUGCUGGUUGGUUUGUUACAUGAGCAUUCAAAUAAUAUUGAAAUACCUGAUGUUUACCCAGCUGCUUUUCGGAGGUUAUUAGAGUUCAUGUAUUAUGAUCAAACCAGACUUGAUGAACAGGACGCUUACGAGCUUCUAUAUGUCGCCCGAAAAUACUUAGUAACAGACUUAGUCAGACGUUGCUUACAGAGAUUAAAAACAAGAAUGUCCGUAGAAAACGUCUGUAUAAUACUUAGUUAUGCCGAUGACGAAGGAACAGUAAAACUUUGUUUAGAUUAUAUAUUUCGGUAUUCUUUAGAGGUUUUAAAAUCAGAUGGAUUUAAGGAACUUUCGCCAGAACAUAUCAAAUCAAUCAUAUCGAAUAAUAGACUUGGGGUUCGAGAGGAGGAUAUAUUUGACGCUGUCAUAUUAUGGUCUGAACGAGAAUGCCAAAGACAGGAAAUUGAUAUACUUCCAGAAAAUCAGUGGAAAGUUUUAGGCGAUAUACUGAAAUUAAUCCGUUAUGGUAGAAUGGACAGAGCGUAUCUAUUAAAUGUUUGUAAAAAGUUUUUACCGCAAGAUCUUUAUAUUGAUAUAGUAGAAAAUAUAGCAUCGCAUAUCGAAGAGAAUCCUCAUCAAGGUUCGGAAUCUUUGAAUUUACCAAGACCAUUAGGAACUUCAAGAGGAGUGCAUUCUCAAUUUUUGACAUGUGGAGCGGAAGUUAGACCAAAAGAAUAUUUGAGACCUCAUAAUGAAGUUCUAGACGGUACAAACGUUUCUGUCGAUGGAGAACUCGAUUGUGCUACAUCGGGCAAUGAUCGCAAUGUUUCAGAAAUGGAGCAAAUUCCAUCUGUAUUCACUCACCGAUCGGAUAGAUUUGAAAUAUAUCGGUUUGCUAAAAACUCAUAUGUUAGAGGCAAAACAUACGAUAUGCAUACGCCAGAAUCAAUUUCGUUUUUGACAUUACAAAAUGUAAAUCUUUGUUCCAUAUAUCUUUAUGGGAGUUGUGAGGGAGAGGGGGACUAUCACAUACAUUUAGAAAUAUUUGAAGAUCUCGGUGGUCAGUUAUCUCUAAUGCAUUCGUCAGAAAGAGAUAUAACGACGAACGGUUCCACAUCACCAUACGAGUUCGAUCUUGAACCUUCUAUUAGAAUACAAAGUGAAAGGGUCUACACGAUAAGAGCAUUAUUUGAGGGACCUCCCAGUUAUUUUGGUACAAACGGUAUUUCAAAUGUUUUUAAAAAUGGAGUAUCGGUAUUUUUUAUUACAAAUGAUGAAUUAGGUUUGAAUUUAACAACAUCAGAAGGUGGUCAAUUCCCGGGACUCCUGUUUGAAAGGUAGUCACAAAGGCACCAAGAGCGAACGCAUGAACCGAUUGCAACUCUGGUAAAUAAGAAGAACAAAUAUGAUAAACCUAAUUAGUAAAUGAACCAACUAGGAUCCUCUCAAACAAAUCGCUCUAUGCAUUCAAGUAAGAUGCGUACGUUUUUGGCGCCUGACCUGACCCUGGCAAACAGCUGUAUUACACCUUGAGUAGUUGUUGAGGAAGGGCUUGGGUAUAGUACCCCGUAAGGGUGUGUACCUGUGUAGUUGUAGGUGUGGUUCGACGGGCGGGGACUGUCUAUUUCAUUAAACCUCAUAUCUUGGUGAUCACUAUCAAAUAGUAUGAAUCAAUAAGUAAGUAAGUAAGUAAGUUUUAUUGAAAUAGUCUAGACAUUUGGACUAUCGUUAAUUAAAACAAUUACAAAAUGAACAUAUACAUCUGUAAAAUGGAACGAAAUUAUAAAACAAUACAUUGAACAGAACUGUUACCAAUGCUGAGUUAAUUCGAAUUAAGUCCCAUGUUAUAUUUAUACAUAUAUCUUAGUUAUUACAAAGAAUUUACAGGCUAUCUCCCUUACUACACCACAAAGAAAAUACCUUAAUUCAGUAGAAAUAAAAUUUAUACAAAAGUAAGUGAUUAGUAUUAUACGUCUUUUGUUUUAAAUAUAUAUAGAUUCUUAUCAUACAUCUUGUUAAAACCUAAAAUACAUAUUUUACAUACAUCUAAGUCAUUACUGCUUAUUCAUCUUCAACUCCUGAAAAUUGUCUUUUUUAUUUUAAAUUUCUGUAUUUAUGGGGCAUACUUUGUUUUUUCGAGUUUCUAGCAUAUAGCUUAUAGUCAAAACAUUACUUCCAGGCUAAUGGUUUAAAUUGCAAAAAAAAACUCUAUGAUUAAAUCCUAAUACUGUUAAGAUGAUGUGUUAUUUAAAUCCCCAUGUAUAGAGAUUUAAAAUUCUGAAACAGUAGUUACGAAAAGAAAGCCGAGUAAAAUUGAUUUUGAAACAUUACAAGUAGUUCAGUGUUUAAAAUUCCAAAAUUAGGAGCCGUGAACUUUUACUUCAAGGUGUCGGAAUUGAAGUCCGAUUUAAAAUGAUAAAUUUGUAAAAUCACAAAGAACCCGCCGGUCAACUUGUAACACGAGGUAAUACCAACUCGAAAGCAUUAAACAGAUGUGAGUGUCGAAAGAAAAUGAUUUUUGGGAAGACGGAUAGUAUAUGCAGAUAAAAAAUGGCAUUAAUAAUUCGAUUAAUGGCAUUAAUAAUUCGAUUCAAGAGUGAAAAUAACUCGAGGAAAAUAAGACUUAAUUGAAAUACUGACUUGUACUGAUCGUAUUAAGUUUUAUAACUGCAAGCUUGUGUUUAACUUUGCUAAAGUAAUUUUCAACACAAUGAAUAACAGUUGAUCUAAUGGAAACAAUUCAAGCGAAUAUCGAUAACAUUAAAGAUUAUAGUGAAAAGAGAAACAGAAUAUUUACUAUGUAUAAUUGUUUAUAUACAAUGUAAAAAUGUAGAAAUGUAUAUAUAAAUAUAUAUGAAUGUGAAAAGACGAAAGACACUAUGUAAAUAAAACUUUUCUUUGUAACAUCUUAUUAAAAAACAAGAAAUCAA